AUGUCGACACCAGCUGAAUUGGCCAACAAUGUGGAGCAAAUAUCUCUGAAAGAGGAACAAGCUCAAAAAAUCACUCCCUGGGAAGUCGAAGGAGCGGUUGUGGAUGGAGAAUCCCAAGGAGUUGAUUAUGACAAGAUUAUCAAAGAAUUUGGUACAACUCCGCUGACAUCCGAAACUUUAGAAAGAUUCGAGAAGCUGACAGGUCACAAGCCUCAUAGGCUACUUAGAAGAGGUACAUUUUUCACAGAUCGUGAUCUCAGUAUUAUUAUGGAUAGAUAUGAGCAAGGAAAGCCGUUCUUUUUAUAUACUGGCCGUGGCCCCUCAAGUGACAGCAUGCAUUUGGGCCAUAUGAUCCCAUUCGUGUUUACCAAAUGGUUACAAGAAGUUUUUGACGUUGCUUUAGUCGUUGAAAUGACAGACGAUGAGAAGUUUUUAUUUAAGCAAAACCUCACCAUCAAAGAUACCAAGGGCUUUUACAUGGAGAAUGCCAAGGAUAUUAUUGCCGUGGGAUUCAAGCCUGAGAAGACGUUCAUCUUUUCUGAUCUCGACUAUAUGGGAGGACCCUUUUACGAAAAUGUUGUCAAAGUCUCCAGACAAAUAACAACUACUACUGCUAGAGCUGUGUUUGGAUUCAAGGAUUCAGAUAGUAUUGGCCGAGUUCACUUUGCAUCCAUCCAGAUUGCAUCUGCCUUUAGUAACUCGUAUCCACACAUUUUUGGCACUCGUGCUGAUAUUCCCUGUUUGAUUCCAUGUGCAAUUGACCAAGACCCUUAUUUCCGGGUCUCUAGAGAUGUUGCUGCUAAGCUCAAGUAUCCCAAACCCGCUAGUCUGUAUGCGAAGUUCUUUCCCGCUUUACAAGGACCAUCCUCGAAAAUGUCUGCCUCUAACGAGGCCUCAGCUAUCUUCAUGACAGACACAGCGAAACAGGUUGCCAAGAAAAUUAACAAACAUGCAUUCUCUGGUGGCCGUGCCACUCUCGAAGAGCAUCGUGAACUUGGUGGUAACCCUGAUGUUGAUGUCGCCUUCCAGUACAUUUCUUUUUUCCUUGAGGAUGAUGACGAAUUGAACCGCAUCGCAACAGACUACCGUGCAGGAAAGAUUCUUUCUGGGGAGAUGAAAGCCCAGGCAAUUAAACUUUUGCAAGAAUUCCUUGCUGAGUUUCAGGAGAGACGUAGUAAAGUCACUGACGAGGAUGUUCGCUUCUACGCUGACACAACUAGAAAGUAUGAAUAUAUUCCGGACAAGGUUAGACAAGCGGCGUCACCUACCACCUCGUCUGCUUAA